AUUUACUACGAUUGUGUUUAUUUUCCAAGUUUGAUGGCAAACUUUCUGUACUGCUAACAUUCACUUCCAGUCAUUUUCACUCGCAUUGUUAGCACUGAGGUACAGUAGAUUGCUAGUGCCAUUGUUUAUAAUCCUUUCACAUUUAUAGAAAGAUGUAUGGGAUAUUAGAAUCCUCUUGUCCUAACCUGUAUAUUUGACCUAGCCUAUUUGCUGUCUACAUUAUGCAAUCAACAAUUUCAUAGUAUAUUAUUUCACCAAACACAAUUGGUCUGUAACCAAAAGUAAUUUGCAUUUGUGGAAAAUAUUGCACUGCUGAACUUUUCUUUUUUUGAUAAUUUUUUGCUAUCAUUAUAGCUUGUGCUGAUGAUGACUAAAGUAAUGUUUAGCUUUUGAUGUACAGAAACAUCAGAAUAAAUGGUACAAACUGUUACAUAACAUAAAUUGUAUGAGCUUACAUUGUUUAGGGAAUACAGAAAAUACCUGUCUUUCAGAUGAAUGAACUGCCAUUGACCACAACAAAUAGGAGAAAAGGAAAACACCUGCCUUCACGUUUUUUUAGAGGAUUUACUCGGUAAUAUUCUAUUUUAUUAUAUUAUAUUUUAGCCUGAGCCCCCAAUCUCCCCAAAAUGUUAUAAUUUUCUUACAGUAACUACAGUAAAAUUAUGGUCAUUUUUUAAUUAAUUUUUUUAAUAACAAAGAUAUGCUUUAAGAUGUAAAACAAAUGUGUAUUCUAUCAAAACUCCCGUGUUUAGUGACAGCUCUAUUUGUACAGUAAGAUUACGUCUCUCUCGGGGUCACAUGACACACUCCUUACAGUAAAAUACCAAUAUGGCAGAAGCGGUGGGUCUUGCGCGGUAACUAAAGCAACAUAACACAGGAGCACACUGUCAAAUUCAACACUAAUCAGUACAAGACCGCAGCGAUGAGGGAGAGACAGAAGAAGAAGAAGGGGAGGACAUGGGCAGAAGCUGCUAAAACGGUAUUGGAAAAGUACCCGAACACACCCAUGAGCCACAAAGAGAUCCUACAGGUGAUCCAGAGGGAGAGACUGAAAGAGAUCAGAAGUGGUACUUCCCCACUGGCCUGUCUUAAUGCUAUGCUCCACACCAACUCUCGCGGUGAAGAAGGGAUCUUUUACAAAGUACCUGGACGAAUGGGGGUCUAUACACUGAAGAAGGACAUUGGGGAUGUGGUGAAGGAACUGUCUGAGGAGGGGUCAGAGGUGAAGGAGCUGUCUGAGGAGGGGUCAGAGGAGCUGUCUGAGGAGGGGUCGGAGGUGAAGGAGCUGUCUGAGGAGGGGUCAGAGGAGGACGGUAGUGAUAAUCUGUCUGAUUCCCAGAGAAGCACAGAGAACAACAACUACAACACUAACAACCAGGAGGGCAGGAGGGGACGGUGGAGGAGGAGAGGGCCCUCCAAGCUGCCGCCUGAUCCUUCGUCUCCUCAGCCACGCUGUUCAUCUCCCUCUGUCCCCAGCAGCAAGCUCAUCUCUCCCUCACAGAAACACAGCAAGAAGGCCCUCAAACAGGCCCUGAAGCAGCAGCAGCAGAGGAACCAGCGGAGACAUGUGGGCAUGCCCACAACCUCCAGCCCUAGACUACUCCUUAAGACUGUCAAGGACAUGGCUGACACCAUCGCCACUAAGACCGACUCCUGUCCUGCUGCUGGUACCAGGAAGAUGUCCCAGAGGUCAAGUCGACUCAGUGCACGGCAACUGAAGCGUACCAAAUGUGCAGAGAUAGACGUUGAGACACCAGACUCUAUCCUGGUUAACACCAACCUACGUGCCCUGAUCAACAAACACACCUUCUCUGUCCUGCCCACAGAGUGCCAACAAAGUCUACUCACACUACUGCCUGAGGUCGACCAACAGGUCUGUAUGGAUGGUCUGUUGAAGGUCACCAGUUCUGCCUUGAACAAUGAGUUUUUCACAUCAGCAGCUCAGUCCUGGAAGGAACGACUGGCAGAAGGUGAGUUCACUCCUGAGUUGCAGCUGAGAAUGCGUCAGGAGAUUGAAAAGGAGAAGAAGGUGGAGCAUUGGAAGGAGAGCUUCUUUGAGAGCUACUAUGGUGAAAACUCUGGACUCAGCUUAGAGGAAUCCAAAGAGCUGCUUGAAUCUGGUCUCAGUCUGGAGCUCUCAGCCACCAAAGCCCAGUCGUCUCCUCCAACACAGCCACGUCCUGCUGGUCCACCACUGCUAGAUCCCAAGAUCCCUGCUAACAGCUGCCAGACUCGCUCUUCAGAGAGGAGGCUCCGAUCAUCAUCACUGCCCAUAAACCCGACAUGUAAACCAAUAGAACCUCCAUAUAAACCUAUAGAGCCUCCCAAGCCAAGGCCAGAGCCAGAGCCUGUUCAAGAAGAACCAGUACCAGUCCCACCCGUUGUACUACCAGUUGUACUACCGGUGCUGCCAGCGAAGAUCGUUCAGAAGACACUGGAGGUUGAGUACCCCAGACACAGGACUCGUAGCAGAGGUUUAUCCCUACCUAUAGUGGCAGUGGAGGCAGCUGUUGUGCGGAGACAGGAUGUGGUGAACUCAACCUCAACGGUUCCACUUGGAGAGAAGCAGAAGGAGGAAGAGGAGGAGCAGGAUUUGAAAGAAGCCCAGCCGGAGACCCCCCAGUUCCCUAAGAUCCCCCCAUCCCCUGAGAUCCCCCCAUCCCCUGAGAUCAGCCUGUCCCCUGAGAUCCCCCCAUCCCCUGAGAUCCCCCCGUCCCCUGAGAUCCCCCCGUCCCCUGAGGUCCCCCCGUCCCCUGAGAUCCCACCAUCCCCUGAGAUCCACCCGUCUCCUGAGAUCCCCCCGUCCCCUGAGAUCCCACCAUCCCCUGAGAUCCACCCGUCCCCUGAGAUCCCCCCGUCCCCUGAGAUCCCCCCGUCCCCUGAGAUCCCCCCGUCCCCUGAGAUCCCCCCAUCCCCUGAGAUCCCCCCAUCCCUUGAGAUCCCCCCGUCCCCUGAGAUCCGCCAGUCCCCUGAGAUCCCACCAUCCCCUGAGACCCCUGAGAUCCGCCAGUCCCCUGAGAUCCCACCAUCCCCUGAGAUCCCCCCGUCCCCUGAGAUCCCACCAUCCCCUGAGACCCCUGAGAUCCGCCAGUCCCCUGAGAUCCCACCAUCCCCUGCCCAGGAGAGUCAUCCAGAGGUCUGCCCCCAGAUGAAGCUCAGUUCAUCACUGCCCAUCGACCUUCCAAAGCCAGAGCCUCUGGGCGUGGACAAGCAUAGUGCGAAGAGGAGGGAAGAUGUUGACGUUACACCAGAGAGAGGAGCCUCAGCCCCCGUGUCAGUCACCCCUGUAUCCACCCCUGUAUCCACCCCUGUAUCCACCCCUGUAUCCACCACCCCAUCCCCGGAGCCGUUGAAAAGGAAGUCCUCAUCCAGUGAACAGGAAGUAGAGCUGACUCCAGAGAAGAGGGCCCGCAUCACUCCACCAGCAGUAUCCGUGGUAACCUCUCCAGCAGCCACAGUAGCAACAGCACAGAGAGUGCCUCCGCUUAAGAUUACUGUGUCGCGAAUCCUAUCAGUCCCAGUCCUUGCAUCUCCAACCCAGGUAUCCCCCAAGACCCCUCUCCCUGUCUCCCUCAGUCCCAGUCCCAGCCCUGGUCCUAGCCCCGGACGCAUUGGUGCUCGCACUCUGGCUGACAUCAAGGCUAAAGCCCAGCUAGCCCGGACCCAACAUGCAGCAGCAGCUGCAGCCAGCUCCUCCUCUAAAGGUGCAGUACCAGGCCCAGGACCAGGAGGAGGCAGUGGAGAGCAAAUAAACCAUAGAGCUUCAGCCCAGACCCUCCACUCCAGACCCUCCUUCUCCACCCAAAGCUCCACCCAGUCUCAGUCAACCACCAGGCUGCCAGCAAGCAGCAACAUUGGUCAAUUUACCUGUCAAUCACCCGAUGCAGUCACCACACCAGCCCACUCCCGUUCUGUCCAAUCAGGCUCCUCUGUGCCCUUUGACCUUAGCCUGUCUCAAAGAAGCUCCAACACCAGCAGAGCGUCUCUCACUGAUGACCGACAGAGAGGCUACUCUGCUGGUAACAUGAACCUAGUUUCUCUGAUGGGCCCUCAACAUGGGAACAUUCAACAUACAUCAUACCCAUCAGGUCCCCAGUCAACCUCUAGCUACACUUCAUCUGUGUGUGGUGUGAAGAGCCAGUAUGUAUCUGGAGGCUCCAUGGCAGCCAGGGCUAGCCACUUCAUCCCAGCCAACAACCCUCUGGUCACCUCUCUCCUCCAGGGGAAAGAGAUCCCUCUGGAACAGAUCCUCCCCAAGCCGCUGGCCAAGGCAGAGGUCCAAGUGGCCCAGGCCAAACCCUCCCAUGAUGACAAAUGGAAGAUAAAGUCCCACAGCACAGCCGGGACAGCCAGUGGUGAAAGCCAGAGUCAGUACCUACACGUUGGUAGUGUGGAUGACUACAGUAGAUCUAAACAGCAAGGAUCCAUAGGCCAGUCUCCCUUAUUUAAGUUGGCAGAGCUCCAGCACCAUCAAAGGGAAACACCUAACAAAGACACCCAGGAGCAGAUCCUCCAGGCUCUGAUGCAGAGGACCACCCAGCAGCACCAGAACCAGCCGUAUGGGGUCUCAGGCGCAGGCGGGGCUCAGCGUACCCAGUUUGGAGCCUGUAAUCUGGGGCACCAGGAGGAGUGUGGGGACCGUCCCCGGUUCUCCGCUGGGUUCCCUGGACGGAAGAGGAUGUCCAGGCCUGCCAUGUCAGGGCACUACCUCCUCAAUGUCUCCACGUACGGACGAGGCUCAGAGAGCAGUAAAAGCUCCCACCCAUUGGCCACCGCUAACACCUCACUGACCCCUCAGGCCAAUCUGAAGAGAGAACACACAGAGGGAGAGGAGCUGGCUGACGAAUGGGAGGAGUCAGUGGAGAAUAAGCCUCAUUCUCAUUCUAACUCAGCGGGAGGAGUCAAGAUGGAACAGCAGGGCUUCUCAAUCACAAAAAUGGGUGAAGCUCUGGGCUUUCAACACUGUUCCAGGAUAAAAUCUGAGUCUCCAUCGGUGGAGGGCUGUCUACCGGAGCAGGAGGACAACAGUUCAGCCAGUACAGAGAGAGACAGUGGCACUUCUGCAAGAGCCAAAGAAACCAACCUUUUCACCCAAUCACAGCACAGGUGGCACCUGGAACUUUGCAAUAGUAAACUGGGUGGUCAUUGUGAGCCAUAUCGGGUAUCUAUAUCUCCCCACGUGGGGACCAUGGACCCCAGUCACCCCAGUACUCACCAGCAUUCGUCUGCCUUUCAAACCGAGAGACCUCCAAUCGAUAAUCAGGAAUCCAUGGUGGGGUCCUGCUACGGUGGCACCAUCAGCAUGUCUGUACCUCACGCUCUGAGUCUGAACCACAGUGCUGCUGUUUCAAGCACCGCUUCCAGCGCCUCCCCCUCUGUGUCAGGUAGUGGUGGGGACAGCGGCAGUGGCACCAGCAGUGUCAUGUCUUUCUCAGUGACCGUCACUACCAUACCUGCCGGUCACCCAUUGGACCACAGAAGCCAGGGGGAGGGGUCUCCAGAGCAGGGGUUUAUGGCGGGAUCUGGUAUAGAGGACGUUCAGUCUAAAUGCUACUGCCGACUCAAAGCUAUGAUCAUGUGUAAAGGGUGUGGGGCCUUUUGCCAUGACGAUUGCAUUGGCCCUUCGAAACUCUGUGUCUCGUGUCUAGUGGUACGAUAAAACUAAUAAUAAUGUCAUAAAUGUAGAAAGGAUUUGUUUCAAAUCUUUAUUAUUGCACCAAGGAACAAAUCAGCAUCAAGUCAUCUACCAUUGUCAAGACGUAGUUACCAGCAGGGUUGGGGUCAAUUCCAUUUCAAUUCAGGAAGUGAACUGAUUUGAAUUCCGAUUCUAAUUUUAAAAAAUAAAUAAAGUGGAAUUGCAAAGUCAGUUUAUUUCCUGAAUUGACUAAAUUGAAGUGGAAUUGACCCGAACCAUGGUUACCAGGGUAAAAUGCACAGUGGCCAUACUCAACCCAACCCAUGGUUUUCAGUGGGGGGGCAAAGCAUUUACACUGGACGAUCAUAGUCUUCUUUCAUCUAUUCGAUCUGAAAAAGAGUGGUCUGUUUUCUGCAAUUCACAGUAGUAGUUUUGUUUUGAUCAGUUCAAUUCAAAUCUGCACCUUUCAGACUUGAGAUAUGUUGAAUCUUGGCAAUACUUUGCACUUGGACAUGUUGUUGUUCUAUAUUUUUGUAAAGAUAGUUUAGAUUUUUAAAAAGUUAGAAAAAAAUGAAUGUUGCUAUUUUUGUAGAGCGUAAUAACAAUGUUAUUAUGUUAAAGACUGCCACUCCUUGUUGUGGAGUUUAAGUUAUGAUGUUUUAAAAGGUGAAGAAGGGAGUUCAAUGUAUAUUCAUAGACCCGUUGUGGUUUGCGUGUAGUUGGGGAAGUACAAAUAUACUGAUUUAUAUAGAUUUUAAAGGGUGCAAUCAAUCAUUUAUAUAUUUACAGUACUAGAAACAUUCUUAAAGAUAUAUAAAAAGACAAUAGAUAUUUGAAAUUAUAAUUUUGAUUAUAAAAAAGAUUAUGUCACAUAAUGAUUGCACUUAGCUUUUCUAAGUACUAACAGUUACUGGGCAAAGGACUUGAAUGACAUGUAGUGUACACUGUACAUGUAGUGUACAGCCUUCGUACUCUAACAUGGUGAUGAAAAGUUAAAGCACUUCACAGAUAAAUUGAUAAAUAGUGCCCUUCGAGGAGCAAGCUGAGUAGCCUGGUUCCAGAUAUGUUUGUAUUGUUUUAUGACAGUGGCCAUAGGAGUUGUCAAUACAGCACUAACAGAUCUGGGGCAAGGCUACUAACUAAGGUCUUUCCCAUUUCAGUCUAAGAUCAUUGGUGAAGUUUACCGACACCGUGAACCGACAUUGUCUCCUCCUAAAGCCUCGACUUAUAGAUAUUCUGUCUCAUGACACAUUUGUUUUCAUACUUGGAUGCUUGUUUGUGUGUAGCAACGUAACUAUUAGCCGUGAUGGACAGUUAAAACACUCAGAGAAAGAAGGGAGAAAAAUGAAGAUUUCUGUUCUUGUAUUAUUCUUUUGCUUUGUAAAUAUUGGCUUUCAUUAAGCUAUAUUUAGAAAUUCCUUCUCUAGCUAAGCUUUAUGUACGUUGCUUAAGCAUAUCCAACAUUAUAUCCAACAUGAUAUGUUUUUAUUGCAAAAGAGUUUAUAUCUCUAAAAGAAUCUACACAAAAAUUUGUAUUUAAACGCUAAAUGCUGUACUAUCAAGAAACCAUUCAAAGUAUAGGCUCCUGGUAUAUACAGGUUGAUAGGGAGGUAGAGGUACAGUUUACUACAUACAAAGCAAAGGAACAUCAUAUGGGUAUGCAUGGUGAUUGCAAUUAUAAAAUCUAAAUGUAUCAAUCGUAUUUUUGAAAUGAUCUGACUAAAACUAAAGAUAGUUGCUGAGUACCGGUAUAUUUUAUAUAAAUAAUUUCCAUGGUAACAUGCCAAAGUCACCUUGUGAAAACUAAAUGGUCAGAUCUCGUUUUUUUUUUAUGUUUGACUAGUUAAAGAAAGUAAUAUAUUUUAAGUAAUAUAUUUUAAUAUAAAAAAAUCUAUUUGCAAAUCUUUUUUUUUUAAGAACAGGGUAUUUUUUUAAAAUGUUUUUGUUUGAGUGGACAGACCAAUUACUUUUGUAACAAGAAAAAUUCCCAGGUUUUCUGGUUCUGUAUGACCCAUGUAUUUUUGUCCUUUUCCACUGAAGUCCUGCCUGGAAUAUUUUAACCCUCUGAACUGUAUGCUCUUGUAAUGACUUUGGUUAAUAAGAUAAGAGUCUUUGUUUUAUGUCUUACACAUAUUUUCAGCAUUAACUAUGUGCUUAUUUAGGGAAAAAUUAAUGCCUGUAAAUUAACAAUACAAUUUCAUGGCACCGUUUGUAAGUGGUCAGUGGAUUGGAUCCAGGCCCUGUGUGUGUGUGUGUGUGUGUGUGUGUGUGUGUGUGUAUGUGUGUGUGUUUUUUAAAGGUUAGUUGAUGUCUUCAUUUACGGUCACAUGAUUGUCAAAAAGUUCACAAAGACUGCGUCCCAAAUAGCACCCCUAUUCCCUUUAUAAUGUAGGGCAGGGUUGCCCAACCCUGUUCCUGGAGAGC